AAUCCUUAGUAUAUUCAUAGUUUGGCCCCCAAAAUAAUCCCUCUCCUCUGUUUUUCAAGUCCGAAACCAAUUCCAAAUACUCAACCACAACUCCACAAGAAACACUGCAGUUGACAAGACUGCGAUCGGUGGUUCAUCUCUUUUUUCAAGUUUGUCUAAGGUUGCACCUCACCUUGAAGACUUCAAGUUUCGCCGCACAUAUGCCGCUACAAUCCUGCGUACUUCCAAUUUGCAGGAAGAACACAGUUGUUUCUGAAGAAAUGCUCUUUCUCUCUUGAAUGUUGGUGUUAUCGUGAAGAAGGCAAUGUCUUAUACACUAGUCCCAAAACUGAUGAUUGAAGCUCCUGCCCUGCACAUACAGAACUCAAGCUCCAGCCAAAUAGACCUCCAAACUGGGAGCAAUCUGUCCUUGCUAAUAAAAACUCCAGAUAUUCUGUUAAGACAUUCAUUUAGCAGUAACUUUAGUUGUCAAUCUUCUCCACAGUGGCGUGGAGUUCCUGGUUCAGGAAAAACUGGUUCGAUUUUAUUCUGUAGAAGCAAGCAGGGAACUGUCUGCCUUGAUAGAGUUAAAGAGGGUAAUGCUGGGAGCUUAGAUAGAAUUGUUGAGAAGAGAUCAAAUGAGCAACAUUUAAAGAAACUUUCUAGUUCCUUAAGGUUGACUUUAGAUGGACCGUUGGUUGAAAAUGACGAGACAACUAACAACAAAGUUCUUAAAAGUUUUUGCAGUCAUGGAAAGUUGCUUGAAGCAUCAAAAUUAGUUGACCUGAUGACUCGUCGAAACCAAAUUCCAGACUGCCCUUCCUGCAUAAACUUGAUCAGGGGCCUCGUCAAUGCUGGGCAGACGGGCAAAGCAGCAAAUGUUCUAGAAAUCAUGGUUAUGUCUGGUGGGACUCCAGAUAUUAUCACAUACAAUAUGUUAGUCAGUGGUCUCUGUAGAAAAGGGGUUUUGAAUUCUGCCAUUGGUUUCUUGGACUAUAUGAGCUUUAGCGGUUGCCCUCCCGAUGUUAUCACUUAUAAUACUAUACUGCGUGCUAUGUUUGACUGUAGUAAAUAUGAUCAAGCCAUUCAGUUUUGGAAGGAUCGGUUAAGAAAAGGAUGUCCUCCUUAUUCGAUCACCAGUACAAUUCUGGUUGAAUUAGUCUGCAAACAUUGUGGUGUUAUACGUGCUAUUGAGGUAAUGGAGGAUUUGGCAGUUGAGGGAUGUUCUCCAGAUCUUGUGACCUUUAAUUCCAUGGUAAAUUUUGCUUCUAAGCAAGGGAAGUUUGAAGAUUCGGCUUUACUGAUCUAUAACCUUCUGUCACAUGGCCUUGAGCCCAAUGAUGUGACGUACAAUACUCUUCUCCAUUCCCUUUCUACCUAUGGAUGUUGGACCGAGGUAGAUGAGAUUCUUUCCGUCAUGAAUGAAACUUCACAUCCUCCUAGUGUUGUGACAUACAAUAUUUUAAUCAAUGGUUUCUGCAAGCAUGGGCUUCUGGAUCGUGCAAUUGAUUCUUUUACUCAGAUGGUCUCCCAAAACUGUUCACCCGACAUAAUAACCUAUAAUACACUUCUACGUGCUCUUUGUAAGGAGGCAAUGGUGGACGAGGCCGUCCAAAUUCUUCACUGUGAUAGCAGUUGUUCUCCUAGUAUAAUCACUUACAACAUAGUCAUUGAUGGCCUUGCAAAGAAUGGUUUUAUGGAGAAAGCGAUGGAAUUAUACCAUCGGAUGGAAAAGGAUGGCAUUUGUCCUGAUGAUGUUACAUAUAGAUGUCUAAUUUGGGGUUUCUGUCGAGCAGAUCUUAUCGAAGAAGCUGUAGAAUUACUAAAAGAGAUGGGUAAUAGCAGACGCAGGGUCAGAGAUAAUUGUUACAGAUUUAUUAUUCACAGGUUAUGUCAAAACAGUAAACUGGACUCUGCAAUACAAGUGUUGAAAAUGAUGAUAUCAAGUCGGCACAAGGUUAAUUCAUCCGUCUUUUCCACUAUAGUUGCAGGAAUAGCUGGUGCAGGUAUGAAUGAAGCAGCUAUGGAAUUGCGGGAAAAGUUGACAGAAUGGAAAAUUCUCAAGGAAUAGAGAUAUUCAGAUUAGACAUGAGUAUCCUCAGCUCGAUCAUUGUAAUUGGAGGGCAUAGCUGGUGCAGAUAUGAACAAAGCAGCAGCUCAGAAUCGCAGAAAAAGUUGAGGGAAUGAGAAAUCUCGAGGAAUAGAGGUUCUCGGAUUGGACAGACACUAUCCUUAUCUCAGCUCUUUACAUCAUAUGACGUAUCACCUCAGCGCAAAUGGAAAUGUACUUUUUUAGUAGGUUUCUUUCCAUUUCCUUAAUCUGUUCUAAUUUGUGCUCGGUAAAAUUUUGACCCUGUCGCGAACCUGCUUGACAGAGUUUUGGCUAGUAUCUGUAAUCUAGUUCCUAUGGCGACUUCUUUAAUUGCGGCAUAAUCCUCUCUAUACAGAAAAGGCUGUAGCUGUGGUUCAGUGCAUACAAGGCCUAUUUUAUCAGGUGCCAUGAGUAUAUCUUGGUGACCAUAGGUUAUAGUACAAUGCUCUUAUGGAAUUUCUGAAUAAUGUUGUUAUUGUAAGGAUUUAUAUUCUUCUAACAUCUUAGAUUCCAAAGUUUUUAUA